AUGCAACUAAAAUUGUACAUGAAGUUGCACCACACUGUGUGCCUACAAUCAGUCAGACUGGGUAUCAUAAGCUGGUGUGAUAAUCGUUGUCCAGAGAAGCAAUUCUCUAUAGCGGCAUUCCAUUUCUUGGGUUCGAAGACUGUGUCUCACGAAGUAUGGUACCAAGAAGCUGUAACACAUCGUACAACCAGUGACAGCGUUAUCGGUGUCAAAAUCAGUGAGACUGAACAGAUGAACGUCAAUCGAUAUUCUAAUACUUCCUCAUAUAAUGUUGUAUCUGUCUCUGUGCCUCACAGAAUGUGGUACACAAAAGUGGCAUAAAGACCAGCCUCCAGUCAAUGUAAGGACUAGAAAACAUAACAUUGUACUCACUCUACCUGGACUACGACCAAAAGCUAAACAGCU